GCAGUUGUGGCGUCAUCUAGUGAAACAAAUAGCGUACAGCAAGUACGGCUUAGUGAAAGGACCAUGCUACGAAAAUACAAACAAAAGAAGUUGUCAUCUAAGGUUGUUGAACACUGACAUGAACUAAAAACGCUUCACACUUCGACGUUGACGCGUUUCAAGUAAGUAUCAACAGACAUGCGCAGUGAAACCGGCUUGUAAUCAGUCACAACCUGCUGCCAGGUGUGUUGAGGGUUCAUUAACAGCUUACAGCUGGGGUAGCAUCUUCACAGGCCGCCGGACGACUGAAGCCAAACCUGUCCGAGGUCAACAAUGGACUGCAACGUCUCCCCUUGGUGGCUUAUGGUGCUUCUCUCAGUUUCCACGCUCACAGAAAGCCGGUUAGUGUCCAGCCGAGGCUCCAGCGCCACAGCGAACUCUCUCACCCCGAGCAGGAUUCGUUACAUCCAGCCUCAGAUGACUGCGGUCAAACCGCAGCAAAGCGCGACGCUCAUUGCGCUGCCUCGACCGGUCGUGGUCAACUGCCACCCCGACUCGAUGCGGGUCGUGGUGCAGGCGGACAUGUUUGACACGGGCCUCCAGGUGGACGGCAGCCAUCUGCGCCUGGGCUCGGACUCCGUGAGUGAAGGGAGUGAAUGCGCAGCAGUCUCAUCAGCAGAGGCGGAAUUCACCAUCCAGGCCUUCCUGCGAGAUUGUGGAACUAAACUCUCUUCGACAAAAGAGAAGAUCAUCUAUUCUAAUGUCCUCGUCUACUCGCCUGAACCUUCAUCUGAUGGUUUGCUUAGACUGAAUGAAGCAACAAUUCCAGUUCAAUGUCAUUAUGAAAAGAGGUAUGCUGUUGCUGCCAUUUCCCUGCAGCCCACUUGGCUUCCCCUUGUCUCCAGGGUCUCGGCAGAGGAUCAUAUCGACUUCAAUCUGCUACUCAUGACUGAUGAUUGGCAGUUUCAGAGGGGAUCUGUUUCUUACUUCCUGGGUGACUCCAUUCAUUUAGAAGUUUCUGCCAUCGUUGGUCAUCACAUGCCCCUGCGAGUCUACGUUGAGCACUGUGUUGCCACAGCAACUCCUGAUGCAGAGGCUACAUUAAGAUAUGACUUUAUUGAGCAUUACGGAUGUCUUGCUGAUGCUUACCUGACAAACUCCAGCUCCCAUUUCCUCCCAAGAGUUGAAGAUCACAAGCUGAGGUUUCAACUUGAGGCCUUCAGAUUCCACCAGGAGCCCAGCAAUCGGGUCUACAUAACCUGCUACCUGAAAGCUGUUCCAGUCGGGUUAUCUGUCAGCUCUGAAAACAGGGCCUGCUCGCUAAUUGAGAACAGAUGGAGAUCAGUAGAUGGGAACGACCAGGUAUGUAGAAGCUGCGACAUCUCCCAUCGGGAUGAGGAGCCUCUGCCCACAGAAGUCCUCAAAACUACCAUCGGCUCCCAAGCAUGGCCCUCCAAGACUUCACCGGAGGACAGACCCGACCAACGCCCUGCCAAUUAUUUCAGUUUUCGUCCAGGAGUUCUCCAGAACCAACAAAAAACUCGGCUAAAUGACCGAAGUUUUCAGGUCGGACCCAUUACUGUACUGCCAUCCGUCAAAACCAACACAAGGCCAUCGAACUACAAAAUACUUUCACCAAAGAACGGGACCACCUGAGACUCAAGAUGGCAGUGUGGAGAAUGAUGUUAUCAUCACUGCCUUUAUACAAGACAAGAACAUUUUGGAUGAAACUCCUGUAAAGAUUAAUCGCAUCAUUUGAAAUGCCACCUUCCCUGUAAAGUCAGAUUCUUCCGCAAUAAAUAUUUUACAUU